CUUGAACCAAAUUUCCGAGAUCCGUAUUGCGGGCAGGUGACGCCAGUGUCGGUUUCAAAUUGUUUCCUUUAUGUAUAGAAAUGUUGCUCGGCGUGAACCACCGACAUCCAAUUUACAAGAUUUGGACCAGCAGUUUCUAUCCAGCGGUUUUGGUCGCUCGUCUUGAGCUAUGCAAAGCAAUUUUAUCCAGCAAUAAAUAUGUGACGAGACCACGGGAAUACCUCUUUGCUUUUUCCGAAAACAUCCUUCCAAUCUUAUCGGGCGAGCCGUGGAAAAAGCGCCGUCGCAUGCUCAACCCGGCGUUCCACUUUCAAAAUCUCAACGGGUUCCUGGAUAUUUUCAACGACUUGAGCCUCGACUGCGCUGCGAAAAUCGAACGAAUAAUUCUCGUAACGGCAUCAUCAGGCUGCCAAGAGAUUGACGUCCAUCCGAUUAUGUCUCUGCUGGUGUUCGUUAAUGGAGUAAAGUUAUAUUUUAACCUAGAACAAAUUGCAAGAUUUGAUUUUUUUAAUGAGCUUUAUUACUAUCAAGGUAAUGAAUACUUGUUCAAAACCCCCCGAAGAAAUAAUUAUAUUUACUAUUAA